UUACUUGCACCAGGCGGACAUACGAUUCCUUUCUGCACAUCAUCAUCACCCAAUUACAAUUGGUUGAUAACGAAUUAACAUCGUUCAGUCUCAUUCGUUCUCACGCGCUAUCUUACAGCCUUACAUCGGGAACCCCGAUGCGAAAUCCCGGCAAAGGACGCCGAGCGAUCGGCCUUAUCUUUGUUGUUCUUCUUUCGGGCCUUAUCUCUGAUGCUGACCGUGGCUUAUGAAUCAAAUAGCAACAUGCUAAAUCACUUUUGAUAGCUGCAUACUCUUUUCCGUCCAUGAUAAUUACCAUGCCAGAUAACUCAGCGAACGCAGAAGUCUCAACUUCCCACCCCAUCAAACGCAAGAAAACUCUCAGAGCUUGUGACUACUGCCGAGCCCAUCGAAUCAGAUGUGAAUAUGUUGCAGAAGGGAACGGUGAUUGCCAACACUGCAUACGGUAUGGCUUUGAGUGUACCAAAGUCGCGCCUGCGCUGCCAGACAAGAGGAAAAGGAUCGCGCAAGACGGCAUACCUGAAGAAGAAGAAGAACGUUCGCAAGGUCUUGAGCCAGGCUACCUGGGCCCAUCGAGCCUUACACAGCUAGUACACUCUAGCUGCAUUGGCAAUAAUGGAUUAGAAAAACAGAUGCAAGAGCUCGGAAAUCGGUAUGAUCACCAUUGGCAAUCGCUACUUGGCCACUGCGAAGGCUCCGGCUUGCUAGUCGGCAGAGAGGAAUUUGAAAGUACUAAGCGCAAACGAACAACGGAAUUCACUUUUAGCCGCGUCUAUGCUCGCCUGGUCGAGGAACUGGGUUCAAUAACGAUCCUCGACUCUCUUAAUGACAAAGCUUUACAGAGUAUCAUAACAAUGUUCCCUGUCAUAUCUGCGUCAGAAAGUGCCAGCGUUUCAGGCAAAAACUUUCCUCCUGGAAAUUGGUGGCAACGCUACAACACAUGGAACUAUAACUCCACUCCGCCUACACCUAUCCCGCGCGUCGUUCGCCUGAUCCACUGCGCCCUGGCAUCCCUCUCACGCGAAGUGCCAUACAAGAUCAGACAUUCUAUUCUUACCGCGCUUCACGAACAUCUCAAUAAUGGAGAGAUCGCAAAGCUUAGUCAAACGACAACUUUGGCAAAUGCCCAAGUGUUGAUUCUUUUGGGGAUGAAUCAGGAUCUUCAUUCAUUUGAAGAGUCGACGGCGAUGAGCAUGAUGUGGCAAAGAGUAGGGACAGGUUUGCGUAUGGCCACAGAACUCGCUGUACAUCGGAAUGUUUCAAGCAAAGCGAUACCUAUUGCACAAUUGCAUCGCCGAUGGAGAGUUUGGGGAGCAUGCCUGGCAACUGACAAAUGGCUCGCACUUCGCCUUGGUCAAGUUCAAACCAUCAACCUUGAAGAUUGCGACACACCUCUUCCGUUUUUGUACCCCGACCAUUUUGCAGAUGAGAGUGAAGCAGAAGGAGCUGCAUGUUUCAGUACGAUACACCAUCUGAGCAAGCUUAGCGUGUUGCUUGGUCGAGUUGUGAGGUUGACAAGUACCCCCUUUCACUUGAAGCGUACUACUAAUCAUAACUUGGAAUGUUGGCAAAAGGAUAUGGACACGUGGGUUGAAGAGUUGCCCCCGUCCUUUGCCGUCAGUACAAAGUUGAAACUUCCUCAAGCGAAUGACCUGUUCAACCUUUUGGCUGUGGCCGUCGAGUUCACUUUCCUCCGCCCAUUCAUGCUUCCUUUCCGUCCGAUUCCAGCACACAUCACCUUUAGACCCAAUCACGCUCGGUGGUCCAACCUUAUCUUCCGAGCUGAAAUGGCUAUCGACUGGAUGACAACUCCGAUUGGGCCUUUCUAUCUCGACAUGUGGGCCAUAACUGUUUACCCUCUAGUAUGUUGUAUCAUGAUCCAUUUAUCAGUUUAUCGUUCCACCGGCUCGUUACGAGCGUUACAUUACCUCGAUCGAGGUAGCAUAAUCAUUCAAGAUUGGGCCAAAGCUGCUGCCGAGGGUUUACCGGCAGAUCGAUCGUCAAAGAGAAAGGUCUCCGAUAUGGUUGCAAUUUUACGGGCAUCUGUAAAGGAUGAUCCUUCAAAUGCGUCGAUAGAAGAUAUACUUGAACAAGUGAAUAUGAACUUGUUGAAUUAGGUGCUUGGAAUCCCUUGUAGCCGUAUAUUCGUUGUAAAAAUACAUCACUGAGGGAUUGUCACCUUUAUGUAGGUCGUUUGGAUGAAUAAAUGUGUUCAGCGCUCCCAUUACUG